CAACGGUUGCAACGGUUGCAGCGGAUGCAGCGACUGCAGCGCCCGGUCCUGCGGGGGCGGGGAGCCGAUCGGGGCCCGGGAACAAGGAGGAGGGGGCGUGCUGAAGCCCCCCGGGGACCAGAGUUGCAGCUCGAAGGAAUUCCCGAAGCCUUGAUGGCGUCUGGAGCACGGGAGGCUUGUGGAACUGAAGCGGCUCCAUUUGCAUAGGAUGGAAGAUGAAGCGUCGCGGCUGGAGAGGCGGCAUGUUCAUCAGGUGUACGAGAGUACGGCCCCCUACUUCAGUGGCCUACAGAGCCGAGCCUGGCCCCGCGUCCGCCAGUUCCUCCUCGAGCAGGAGCCCGGUAGCCUCGUUGCUGACAUAGGGUGUGGGACAGGAAAGUACCUCAGUGUCAACAGCGAGGUGUACACGCUGGGCUGUGACUACUGUCGGCCCAUGGUGGAGGUGGCCCGGAAGAAAGGAUGUGAAGUCACGGUAUGUGACAACCUUAGUCUCCCCUUUAGGGAUCAGGGCUUCGAUGCCGUCAUCUCCGUAGGAGUGAUCCACCAUUUCUGCACGAAGCGCCGGCGGGUCCGCGCGGUGGAGGAGAUGUCGCGGGUGCUGGCUCCCGGCGGCCGCAUCCUCAUCUACGCCUGGGCCAUGGAGCAGAAGAACCGUCGUUUCCAGAAGCAGGACGUGUUCGUACCCUGGAACCGGGCCCUGUGUUCGCGUCUCCUUCUGGCGGCCGGGCCGUCGGGGGCCCGGGUUCUCCCCCCGGGGCGGCCUGGAGCCCCUCCCCAAGCCGACCACCCCCAGUCGCCCGCCGGACGCCAGCCGGGGCCGGAGUGGAGGCGCUCCCGGAGCCUGGAUGGCUACCCUUCCGGAGGCUGCUGCGGGCAAGGCCCCGGCGCCGACUCCGGGAGCGGGGGCGGCUUCUAUAGCUCGCUGGGGCGCUCGUUCCGGGCCUGGCUUCUGCCCCGGGCCUCCACGGAGGAGGAGGAAGAGCCUCCACCCCAGAGCGAAGGCCAGCAGGAGCAGGGGGUCACCAUCCUCGCCCAGCCAGCAGGCCACCGGUCCAGCCCUCGGGGGCCACCCUCCAUCCGGCCCGACGACGACGACGACGUGUUUGUGCCGAGCAAGGCAGCCGGGGCGGGGUCGUGGCCGAACCAGCCGGACACCCUGGGCCAGCGGGACGGCCCGCCCCGGGGACGGAGCCCAAGUCCGGGGGAGCCCCGCCGGUCUGGCCAGGGUUGGCGCUGGGAGAGGUCCUCGGUCGCCGACUCCCCCGGCUCCAUCCCGGACCCCUCGGGGCCGCCCCGCGAGCAGCCGCUGGACACUCCGGCCGUCGGGGCCUUCAUGCGCUACUACCACGUGUUCCGGGAAGGGGAGCUCCGCCGACUCCUGGAGGAGAACGUGGCCGACCUGAGGGUCCUCAGCUCCGGCCACGACCACGGCAACUGGUGCGUGGUGGCCGAGAAGCGGCGGGACGGCGCGGCCAGUUGGCCCCGGUCCUGAGCGGGUAUGGCCCCGUGGCCAGACACUGACCGGGCCUCCGUGUCCCUGCCCCCCGCCGCCCCGGCCUGGACGUUUUCCGGGAUGCACCAUGCGGGGCACCGUGAGAAGUCUUUCCCCAGCCAGCGUUUGGAUUUAAAUGGCAUUUUCUAAGCCCUUACUAUGUGCCAGGCACUGUACUAAGC